UGGGGGGGGGUGGCGGCGGUGGUCUGCUUUAGCCAAAGGGGUGGCUUUGGGGACGGCCUUGAUGCGCGUUUGCUGGCGGGGAAGGGGGAAGCAUUCAGGGAGAGGGACCUUCCGGGCUGACCGCACCGCCAGCACCGUUUCUGCAGAUUUCCCGUUUGCAAGAAGCUGGUUCAACAUUGCAAAGUGCAAAGCAAAAAUGCAUUAAGAAAUCUUAAGAGAGGAUGCCACGGGGAGCCACACCGUACAAAUGGCACUCUGAAAGGAAAAUGACCUAAGAUGGAAGAGCAGGACCAGAAGCACCUGGAAUGGGCCAAGAAAGCAAGGAAAAGCCCCCGUCCCAUCCAACCUGGAAGUGGUGUUGAAUUCUCGGAAAGAGCUGUUCCAGGGUUCCUGGCUAAGGACACCAUGAUCUCAGAUGGACAUUGCCAACAAUUCCGGCUGUUCCGCUACCAUGAGGCCGAUGGGCCCCGAGAGGUUUGCAGCUGGCUCCAUGGCCAUUGCAACCACUGGCUGAUGCCGGAGAAGAACUCCAAGAAGCAGAUCCUGGACCUGGUGAUCCUGGAGCAGUUCCUGGCCAUCCUGCCCCAGGAAAUGCAGUGCUGGGUCAGAGGAUGUGGGCCGGAGACCAGUUCCCAGGCGGUGGCCCUGGCUGAAGGUUUCCUCCUGAGUCAGGCAGAGGAGAAGAGGCAGGCAGAACAGAUGUGGGGAGCAUCUGUGAAGAGAGAAGAUACAAUCCCUGAGGUGGAAACAGCUUCCUUGAAGCAAGGUCACAGGGCGCAGGCUGUGGAGCGUGCCCAAGAUGACCUUUCCUGUGGAACAGGCAGCGAAGAGACGCUGUUGAGCCGUCAUCUUUUCAGAGGUGUGGAAGCAGCUGCUGCCCCUCCAGUCCAGUGUCCCUUUUCCUUUGAGGAGGUGUUUGUCUCUUUCACGGAGGCAGAGUGGGCCCUGCUGGAUACAGCACAAAGAGAUCUGUACAGGGAAGUUAUGCUGGAGAACUAUGGGAAUGUGGCCUUUCUGGCAGGAGACUAUCAGAGGAAUGAGGAGAAUGAGGAAGUGCAUCAUCAAUCACCAGAUGAAGUCAAGAAUGAAGACAUGAGGGGAAACUUCAACAAUCAAGUUGGACCUAAAAGAGAGAAAGGCAACCACCUGGUCAAGAAGAGGGAUAAACCCGUUCUUUGCCAAGGGGGGAAUUUCCAUGAAGUAGUUCACACGAUGGAGGAAACAUACAAGUGCUUGGAGUGUGGAAUGAACUUCUUAGACAAAACCCAACAUAAUGUCCACUUACAAAUGCACAGUGGAAAGGAGACCCAUCAAUGCCUGGAGUGUGGAAAGACCAUGAAUUGCGGAGCAGAGCUCCUUAGACAUCAGAGAACACAUUCAGGAGAGAAACUUUAUAGCUGCUCAGACAGUGGCAAGAGCUUCUCCAAGAAAUCAGACCUUGCUCAGCACCAAAGGAUUCACUCAGGAGAGAAGCUAUUCAUCUGCUCAGAGACUGGAAUGGUGUUCUCUGAUGGAGGAAAAGGUAAUAUCCAUUUACCAAAGCACACGAAGACACAGAAAUGCUUUCAGUGUGGAAAGUACUUCAGAUACAGAUCACAGCUCCUUGUGCACCAAAGGAUCCACAGAGGAGAGAAACCUUUUGAAUGCUCAGAGUGUGGAAUGAAAUUCAGUCAACUUGGCCAUCUACAACAGCAUCAGAGAAACCACAGAGGGGAGAAGCCUUUUGAAUGCUCAGAGUGUGGAAUGAAAUUCAGUAGGAGCACGCAUCUUCGACAGCAUCAAAGAAUCCAUACAGGGGAGAAGCCUUUUGAAUGCUCAGAGUGCGGUAAGAGAUUCAGUCAGCGUAGCAAUCUUCAACAGCAUCAAAAACACCACAAAGGGGAAAAACCUUUUGAAUGCUCUGAGUGUGCAAGGAAAUUCAGUCGGAGUGAUGCUCUUCAGAAUCAUCUAAGAACCCACACAGGGGAGAAGCCUUUUGAAUGCUCAGAGUGUGGGAAGAGAUUUGGUCAGAUUGGCGCUCUUCAACAACACCUAAGAACUCACACAGGGGAAAAACCCUUUGGAUGCUCAGAGUGUGGGAAGAGAUUCAGUCACAGUGGCCAUCUUCAACAGCAUCAAAGAACCCACACAGGGGAGAAACCUUUUGAAUGCUCUGAGUGUGCAAAGAGAUUCAGUCGGAUUGAUGCUCUUCAAAAUCAUCUGAGGGGCCACACAGGGGAGAAGCCUUUUGAAUGUUCAGAGUGUGGGAAGAGAUUCAGUCACAGUGCUGCUCUCCAGAAUCACCUAACAACUCACACAGGAGAGAAGCCCUUUGAAUGCUCAGAAUGUGGGAAGAGAUUCAAUAACAGUAGCACUCUUCAAAAACAUCUAAGAACCCACACAGGAGAGAAGCCUUUAGAAUGCUCAGAAUGUGGGAAGAGAUUCAGUCAGCUUGGCAAUCUUCAGCAGCAUCAAAGAAUUCACACAGGGGAGAAACCUUUUGAAUGCUUAGAAUGUGGAAAGAAAUUCAGUCAGAGUGGUGCUGUUCGACAACAUCAAAGAAUCCACACAGGAGAGAAGCCUUUUGAAUGCUCCGAGUGUGGAAAGAGAUUCAGUCAGCAUGGCCAUCUUCAAAAGCAUCAAAGAAACCACAAAGGGGAGAAGCCUUUUGAAUGCUCGGAGUGUAUGAAGCGAUUCAGUCGGAGUGACGUUCUUCAAAGUCAUCUAAGAACCCAUACUGGGGAGAAGCCUUUUGAAUGCUCAGAGUGUGGGAAGAGAUUCAGUCAGAGUGGCCAUCUUCGACAGCAUAAAAAAAUCCACAGAGGGGAGAAACCUUUUGAAUGUUCAGAGUGUAGAAAGCGAUUCAGCCAGCGUGGGCAUCUUCAACAGCACCUAAAAACCCACACAAGAAGAAGUCAUGUAACUUCUUAGCCCAGGAGUGUCAAACUCAU